CUGAAAUUCGAAAAACAAAGCCGAGAAAUUAGAGCCCCAGUGAAAAUGAAAGCUGGCCGCGCCUUUGGCUGCCUUUUCUGGGCCCUGCUCUAUUGUGUUUUGUAUUUGGAUCUGGUCAGUGGCAAUUCCCCUGAAGAUGAGCUGAUGGACUUUGAUUUCGCCGAGCCCAAGGAUGCUGCUGCUCCGGAUGCCGACUGGCAAUUGGACGAUCUGGAGGAGGCCCAGCAGGCGGAGCAGGCUGAGAAAAAGCUGGAGUCCAAUAUGCUGGACUUUAGUGUGGAUCUGGAUGAGCCCGAAUCGGAGAAGCAAUUGCCUCCUUUUGAUUGGCGGGAAAGGGUUUUGAGGAAUGCUCUUGCAAAAGCUUUGGCGGAUGAGGGAUUACGGCAGAAGUUUGGCGAAAUAAUGCCCAUUUUAAGAGUACUUUCUUCCCAGCAGCGAUUGGCCCUGUCCGCUUUGAUCUCGGCCCAAAUGAAUGCCAAAAAAGGACAUGAACUGAAGUUUGAGCAGGUUCGCAUGAUGUUUGGCAACGACAAAAAGCUGCUCCUACCCAUAGUAUUCGACAUUGCAAAUCUCAUCAAGAGUUCCACCCGCAAGUACAUUAAUUUGGGUUCCGAUUUGGCCUCUGCCGCCCUUUUCAACACACCCAUCAGUCGUCGGGAAGAUGAUUUGACACCAGAGGAGUCCCAACAAGACGAUCAAGUGGGCACCAUUGCGGUGGAUGUGGAGCCAAAGGUGGAGGAGCAAUCGGAAUCCGAGUCCCUCGAGGACUUUUUCGAUGAGAUGGGAGCCGAGGUCCUGGAUCCGCAGAUGAUUAAUGAGGCGCUAACGGGCGAUCUGCAUGGCAAUGAUACUAAACCCGUGAAACUAGAAAAUCGUGGAGAAAACCAUCAAAGAGUUCGUCGAUCGGCUAAUGAGUUUGUUCACAAGCUAACUCGAUCUGUGCCCCUGGCUUCUGUGAAUGAACAGCAACUGCUGGGUGGCAUUGCUGGCAGGACCAUCAAACUGAAUACCACUGCCUUCCAACAGUCGAAUAGUCAGGAGGAGGAGCAACCAGCUUCCGCUAAUGAUGGCCAAUCGUAUGCCGAGAUUGAGGAUCUGGCUUUUGCUGGUCUUAAUGGCACUGAAAUCCCACUGAGUGCCGAUGAGCGAUUGGAUCUGCAAAGAAACAGCGGUGAGGAGUCCGGAGAGGAACCUCUACCCAGUCCCGAGGAACUGAUAGCCGGUCCACGUUAUCGCCUGGGAAAAAGACCGCUGCCAGGUCAAAAGUCAGGAGCUCCCAUUAAGAGAAAGAGGGUCUCCUCAUCUUCUGUUCGUGGAAGACCCAAAACCUCAGCCAGUUCACACAAACCCGUGGUGACAGCAGCUGCGGGUCACAAGAAAUGCGAACGAUUCACCAGCAACAUGUGCAUCCGCACCGACGACUAUCCGCUUGAACAGAUCAUGGGCAGCAUUAGGCGACACAAGAACGCCAUGUCCGCUCUUUUGGCCGAGUUCUACGAUAAACCCAACAAUAAUCUGGAGUUUGGCGAUGACUUCGAUGACUUCAGCCUGAGCAAAAAGAGGCGUGAGGAUGAAGGCAGUGCCGGUGGAAUGUGCCAGAGCGUGGUGCGUUAUGCGCGACCCCAGAAGGCGAAAUCCGCUUCGGGAGAGUGGAAGUACAUUGUGAACACUGGUCAGCACACGCAAACGUUGCGACUGGAGAAGUGCAGUAAUCCCGGCGAGAGUUGUUCCUACCUGGCGCAAACUUAUCGCUCGCACUGCUCACAGGUGUACAAUUACCAUCGACUUUUAAGUUGGGAUAAAGUACGUGGUCUCCAUGUGGAUAUCUUCAAGGUGCCCACCUGCUGCUCCUGCCAGGUGGAUGGUUAUCGCCAGCAGUUUCCCCCUCUAUCCUCCAUCCAAGCCAAGGAUUAUUCGCCACUGAGCACUCACUCGAAUACCAAUCACAAUGGUUAUAGUACUAUUAACGAAGAAGAUCUGGAUUAUGCGGAUGAGAGUGAGGAGGAUGAACUGGGACUUCGCUAUCCUUCGUUUAAUAAUCGCGAGACCAAUGAGCUGUAUUCCAGCAGCAACAAAGUAAGAGUGAAGCUUCCUGGUCUAAGCUCAAGUGUGGGUCCCUAUCUCAGUCCCCCCGAAGAUGAAGAGGAUCGUUAUGGAGGAGGAUACAAGGGAUCUAGUUCCAGUUCCAAGAAGUAUUACAGGCGGCCACAGCCGCAUUCGGAGGCUCGUCUGGACUUGGAUUUGUCGCCCAGCGAGAGGCAUUCGGAGCAAGAGGUAAACCUACCGAACGGCGGUGCAGAGAAGCCGCGUAUACCGCUCAAUCGCAAGCGUAUUUAUGCCUCCACCCACACAGCCCCCACCACAACAUCAUCAUCUGCAAUACAAUCAUCCCCAGGAGGAGCUGCCUUUGGCCUACGAUUUCCACAGACCACAAGUCUACCAGCCCGAACGGGAACAGCUGCCCUUAGCCCAGCGUCCUUCGCCAGUGGCGCCUCCCCAGUCCCAGCCCAGUUUGGCCCCCCUUCCCAUGCCGCCCAUGCCCAUCAAACAGGUGCCGCACCACCAACUCCAAAGCAAAGCGGCAGCAAGUCGCGACCCCGCUUCUAUGCACCACCACCACCAGCAGUCGCCAGUCAGACGACCACCCACUCAGUGGCUAACAGCCUCCCAGCGUCGUCACUUUCGAGCACCGAACGCACCACCAAUCAGUGGGAGCAAAGGGCUGAGUCGACGGCACUACCACAACCGCCGGCCGUCUAUCCAGUGAGCGGUGGUGGUGCUAGUAAUGAGAUGUCGGGCAAGAGGAUCAACUACAACUAUCAUCCCAUCAUUGAUUUCUUCGAGAAGAAUCGCAAGGCGGAGGCGGCGGCUACGGUGAAUCCCCAGGCAGAAGAAUCACGCAACUACCCACAGAUUAUUAACCCCAAAUCUUCGCAACAAAGUGGCAUGGGAAUGGGCUUGGGCAUGGAGAGCUUGGCUGGAGUGUAUCAACAUCCCAUUCCAGUGAUCCCCAAAACCCAUGAGAGGCGCAUGGGUUUCAGGGCAACUAAUGCAGGUGGUGCCGGUGGUGCUGUGGGUGGUGGUUUCGCCAGCGAUAACGCCUGGCUGCCCAUGGUUGUGGAGUAGCUUAAGCCUAAGUCUCGCAUGAAAGUCCAAAUCCUCUAGAAUUCCCGAAAAUCUAAUCUAACGUAUUAACGCCGAUGCCUUAGCCUCGUGGGGAGCCUUAAUCUCACCCCAAAACCCACUCUAAUGUUUAACCAACUAUGUUUAUUUAUUUAUUUAUUUCGUAGUGUGUAGUGAAAGAAAAAUAAUAUGAUAUGUCCUCGUUGUUCGGGGAGGUACAAUUGGUCAAAAGCUUGGUUGAAUUGUCGCAAGAGUUUUAGC